GCGGGAGGUAUUUGGGAGGCUUUCUUUUUCGAGGAAGACAUUCGGGCCAUGGUGCGAGAGAGCGGCAUCUCGGCGACCAAGCCGAUAUUUCCCAGCUACCUUCUACCGAGCUUCAAAUUCGCCUUUCCUGGGCAUCGCCGCCACUCUACGUCGUCGACAUCGUCAACAGCAUCAACGGGGUCGGAACCGUCUAGCAGCCGUAGUGAUGGCGCCUCGUCGGCAGUGACCACGCCGGACGGCUCUCCCCCAGAUGGCGAUUCGGCAUUCAACAGCCUGAGAAGCUCAGCAGAGCCCCGACGGCUCUCUCGAACGGCGGCGGAUACGCUGCGCUGCUCAAGCUGUGCAACGGACAUAGCCUUCACGUCGCAAAUCAUUUCCAAGGGAUUCACUGGUCGCUACGGCCGAGCGUAUCUAAUCUCGCCCCCUCCAGCAGACUCAGCGCUGCUGAAUAUCCGCAUCGGCAAGAACGAGAACAGACAGCUUGUUACGGGGUGGCACGUGGUGGCGGAUAUCUGCUGCGGGAUAUGCUCGCGCAAGCUUGGCUGGAAGUACGUGGAUGCCAAGGAGGAAUCACAAAAGUACAAGGUGGGCAAGUUUAUUCUGGAGACGGAACGGGUGGUGACACACCGGAGCUGGGAAGACACCCCCAUUUCUGAGGGCCAGGAGCUCAUACAUGAAGUGGAGGAGAAAGAAGACAAAAUUAGCAAAGACGAUGACGAUGGUGAAGAGCACAGUGAAAUCGAGUUUGACUCUUCGGAUGAGGACGAGUGCGAGGCUGUUUUUGCUGGUCUGUGGGAUGCGGAAACCGCUGCAAAACGGAGAAGCCGCUUGGCUGCGAGACCAAAGACGACUCAGCAGCAAACAGCGACUGACAACGCUGCACGUUGAGGUUAUUGUUCAUGAGAUACCAUUUUUGGCGUUUUUCUUCUUCUUCAUUUAUCUCAACACAUUUAACGAGGGAUACCCCGAACGGCAGUUCUGUCUUUCGUUUAUCAUACUUUUGGCUUUUUGGUUUGACUCUACAAGGGGCUCUGAUAGUCUACCAAGUAUUAAUACUAUAACGUAAGUUG